AGUCCAGAGUCAACCAAACAGUCAAUAUGAAAUAUUUCGCCCUACUUCUUGCAGUCAUUUUGGCUAGCGCUCAAGCCAAGCCAUCUCAGUUGCAGAGCUCGUUGGAUCAGUAUCUACUGAAGGGUCGCAACUUUGAUGUGGAAGCUGUGUCGGCGGAUGUCACUUCUCAGUGUUUCACCUUGUACUUGCCCAUGCUGAAUGAGGUGGCUGCCACUUUCUCGACAUCGUACCAGGCCUGCAUUAGCACAGCCAAUGCAGAGACAACCAACCUGACCGCGGAGGCCACCAAACAGCAGACAGUCUAUCAACAGGAAGUUAGCACUUUGUGCAGCGCCUUCACUGCCUGUGACAGUGACAAUGAUACGGCAACCUUCUUCAAUUGCUAUGCCUCGGCCGCCGAGGGGGAUGUAUCUGUGAUCUAUGACAUUGCCACAAAUGCAGCCAGCUCGGCCAAUUCACUUAGCGCCAGCCUGAAGGCCAUACAGGAUACGGAAUAUCAGUGCACCAAUACCACAGAGAGUAACUAUGUGAGGGAUACGGCAGCCACCUAUGAUCUGCUCGAUGAGUGCCUUAAGAACGGUGUGCCAACCGUAUCGACUGCAGCUCCCACUACCACCAAUGCGGCUCCCCUUAGUUCUACUUCAACUACUUUGGUUGUGGACUCCAGUUCGACGGCAUCUAAGGUCGUCGCUGUGACCACAGCUGCUGCUCCCGUUGUUGUGGCCUCCACAGUUGCUGCCAGCACUUGAAUGUACCGAACAAAUCAACAAAAAAAAAAAAAAACAAAACUAAUCAUAAUAAAACGAGCAUUAACAAAUUGUUUUGGAAAAUUUUGAAUAA